AUGAGACGCUGUUGGGGUGUUGGCUAUCGUUUGCUGUUGGCGGAUCUAUGGGGUGGCGGAUUGGUGGUUGGCUGUUUAUGUUUGCGUAGAGCCGUACUUAUCCGCAUUCUACCAAGAUCUUUCAAGAUGUUUACUGCACUGCAAAAGAUUCACAAGGAUAAGGAUGCGGAGCCUACCGAGUUCGAGGAGACUGUUGCCCAGGCUCUGUUCGACUUGGAGAAUACAAACCAAGAGAUUAAGAGUGAAUUGAAAGACCUCUACAUCAACUCUGCCACGCAAAUUGAUGUCUCUGGAAACAAGAAGGCCGUUGUGAUCCACGUUCCUUAUCGGUUGAGGAAAGCUUUCCGCAAGAUUCAUACUAGACUGGUGAGAGAGCUUGAGAAGAAGUUCAGUGGAAAGGAAGUUGUUCUUAUUGCUACCCGAAGGAUAGUGCGACCACCAAAGAAGGGUUCUGCCGUGCAGAGACCCCGCACUCGUACACUUACAGCCGUGCACGAGGCCAUGCUUGAGGACAUUGUUCAUCCUGCUGAGAUAGUUGGAAAACGUAUCCGAUACAGGCUUGAUGGAUCAAAGAUAAUGAAGGUUUUCUUGGAUCCAAAGGCAAAGAAUGACACUGAAAAUAAGCUGGAGACCUUUGCUGGAGUCUACAGAAAGCUUUCAGGGAAAGAUGCAGUGUUCGAGUUUCCCAUAACAGAGGCCUAA